UCCGAAGGGCGGAAAUGGCGUUUCCAAUCAAAAAAUAACAGCAACGUGAGAGUGGGUUUUACGCCCAGGAGGGGCAACUGUAAUAAUGAACACUGUUAUAAAAUCCAGAAAGAAGUAACCUGUUACCAUCUCUAUACGCGUUUGGCGAAUUCAGAGAUCAUGUCGGCAAUCAAGAUUGCAUUGCAGCAGAGCCAGAAGAGCGACAGGAGAAAAGCCUCUGCACCAAUGUCUGCGGAGGUGUCGCCAGACUCCAAGUGUCCCAUCUGCUUGGACAUGUUUAACAACAUCUCUUACCUGGACCGCUGCCUGCACAAGUUCUGUUUCCGCUGCAUUCACGAGUGGUCCAAGAACAAAGCGGAGUGCCCACUAUGCAAACAACCGUUCAAUUCGAUUUAUCACACUAUAAAAUCAGAGCAAGACUUUAAGAAGUAUGACCUGCUGCAGCCGCUGCAGCAGAACAACUCAUUCGGGUAUUUUGAGGGCGUGCGGUUUAGAUACCGCACAACUCUCACCGGAGUCCAUCGUCAGAUGAGGGGGAGGACAUCUCCACCCCCGGACAACGGAGUGAUGUUUGAAGCUACAUCGAAUCCUCCCCAGCAGCAGCAAGACCGUUACAUGCGACGUAUGAUGACGAGGCUGGCGGCCAGGAGAAGAGCCGCAAGUGAAGGCAGGACGGUGAACAACGUCAGAGAGCAAGAAAUGAUAAACUUCAGGAGGGAACUGUACCGGCGAGGCGUGAGGGUUCGCACCGUGCGGGACGGUGGCCGCUCCCGAGACACCUCGGCCGAGUUCUACCGGAGGAAUCCCGCCUGCCUGCACAGACUUAUCCCUUGGCUAAAAAGAGAACUUAGCGUGCUGUACGGGGCCCACGGCUCUUUGGUCAACAUAGUCCAGCACAUCAUCAUGUCACGCAUCACACGUUUUGACAUGGAGGAUGUAGCUAUUCAGGAAGAGCUCAGGCCGUUCCUCCAGGUUCGCACAGAGCACUUUCUGCAUGAGUUCAUCAGCUUUGCAAAGUCCCCGUUCAAUAUGGAGGCCUACGACCAGCACGCUAUCUACGACUGCCCGGACGCUUCUUCAAACGAAGGCAGCAGCUCCGACUCGUCUGUAAUUGCUAUCUCAGAAGACGAGGAACACUUGGCAGAGCUGGACCAUCCACGAGACUCCAUGUCUACUCUAAGCCAGUCUGUGUGGGACGAUGAGACGCCUGGGCCGUCGUAUUCUACGACAGUGGAGCAGAGCAGGACAGAGCGCCUGUCAGUCCUGGACUCGGACUCGGACAGCAGCGUGGAGGAGUCACUCAUCUUCGGUUCGUCCCCGCAGCAAAUGAGUCCCCACCCCCCAACUCAUUUGGCUCAGGCCGAGUGUAAUAACGACGAGUGCGUGUCUUCUGACAAUGAUGAUUGCAUCAUCGUGGGUUUCGUCAAGCCAACCUUGGAGAGGACCCCCGAGCUCGUCCAGCUCUCCUCCAACUCUGAUGAGUCUGCAGGUGAAGAUACUAAAGAAGUGCCUCUUCUACCUCACCACAUCCGUUUCACCAGUCUCAGUCCCGCCGCCUCACAGAGCAGCGAUCCCAGCGGCGCCGACCGAUCAGAAAACGUGGAAACGAAUCGGCACCAUCGGUUGGAUUUACAAAAAAGACGUAGCUCUUCGCCUUCGAGGAGACACAAGAAGUCCAGUACGGUGCAUAGGAAAGACACGGAUACGAGAUUCGGCAGUAAUGAGAGAUCGAGGGAGAGGCACCACCGGUCAAAGGACAGGGAGCACAGGAGAAGGAGGAGGUCAAACAGUGGAGAGCGUAGGCACUGGAGCAGAAGCCCAGUGGUCUCCCACACCAGUGGCGGCAAUCACUCCACUGAAAGAGGUUAUUCUUACUCCUGUGGCAGAGACUAUCCAAAAUACGACGGCAGAUAUAAAAGGAGAGACAACGAUCAAACUUAUCAGUUGUAUAGUCAUUACAGGAAAGAGAGAAGUGACGGUGGGACGCAUUACACACAGAGGAGGUCCUACUACUAUAGUAGCCACAAAUACUCGAUGGACUCUCCGUCCAGGAGUCCCAGCAGUGACUCGCGGAGACGGGAACGGGGACGUUCCCGCUCAAGGACUCGCUCCAGCAGUCGCUCCCCUUCAGUGAAAAGGAAAUCUCACCACAACAAGCCAGGUGGUAAGAGGAAAUACAAAACAAGACAUUUGGAGGAAGCGUCCAGAAACAGACUCUCUAACUCCUCUGGAGAAGGCGACUCCGAGGUAUUAACGAAACACAAGAAAAAAAGCAAAGAGAAGCGCCACAAGAAAUCCAAAGAGAGGUCGAGAAAGACCAGCACGAGUCUGAGCGCGGAACUUGCCGGUGAGGACAAAGGGCACGAGAGGAGCAGGCGACACCAUAAGAAACACAAGAAGCAUAAGAAGAAAAGCAGAAGGCACAAGAGUAAUGAACGCACAGAGAAACGCUCACCCACUAUCAUCACCAUCGACAGUGACAGCGAUGCUUGUGCCAAGGAUAGUAUCACCCAACCCAGUAGCACUAAUAAUGACCCCAUUGACAAUACCGCAAAUGACCCAGUAGACCCCGCCCCUUUGGACUCCUUGUCCUAAUCAUAUUGAUGGAUUCACUUCCAGCUGCUAACUUUAAACGAAAGCAAUGUUCAGGUUGUUGAAGGUCACCAGAGCCUGAAGAAUAGGGAUGGACAUAAAUGCCACCGCAAGUGUUUUCUACAGUGACAUUUUAUAGUAAAGUAAAUGUGAUAAGCACAGAUGUCCCUUAGGACCAGUGUGGGCUAGUUUCUUGACUGUGUUAACUAAAAUAAAAACAGUGAUAUUUUAUGUGCCAUGAACAGGACACAGUGGGAUAAUAUUGGAAUUUGAACAAAUGGACAGUUAUUACUGUUGAAAUUCAUUUUUUUUCUGUAUUUUAUUUCUACAGUGCUCUCAGGGAUAAUAUUGGUUCCGAUUUUUGGUUGAGCUGUGUCCACGAGAUGAAACUAUUUUCAUGUGCCACUCAUGGACAGACAAAUGAACCGUUGUGACUUGGUCUGUGAACCUUCCCUUUCGUUUUUGGUUUCCAGAGGGCGUUUUUACCAGGUGCAUAUCAAAAUGGUUUUGGACACAAUUGGAUAGACUGACAACCAGUCAGAGCAACAAAAAUGUGUGACAUUCUUUGUUGCCUUAGCGGCGCUGCUCUGUACAGUUCAAACCCACCAAGUAUUAGAUGACUGGCUGUGACUUGCUCAGCACUUACAAGCCCAGGUGGAAAUCACGUCGAACGAGAGGGAGGCCAAACAUAUUCUACCAGAGAAAAUUCUUAGAUUACCUGGCUACACAGUGGAUGUUUUGAUUACAAAAUGGGUUCAUUUUUAUUAAAUUUGUUUUAACAAAUAAAUUGUAAUGAGUAA